GCGCGGCUUGGGAGGCGCCUUUCGUCUCGCUAACCUUACUCUUCAUCUUUGUUCCUUUUCUUAUCUUUUUCUUUUCUCCUGCUGCUCGAUAAAUAGACGUACCUGUUUGUAAGAAGAAAAGGAAAAGGGAAAACCUCCACGAUGGCGGCGCUGUGUGCGGGGGAUGCACACGUUUGAUGUUACUGCUGCAAGCUUUGUUUUGCGCAUUUCAAACCAACCAAGCAAACGACACUAGCAAGCAAAGAGGUGAAGGAUGCCAUUAUUUCGUCUGUUGCUUGAUGGCCGUGGCGAAUCUCGCGUUGACGGCGCGUUCCAUACCGGUGCCGGCAUGCGCGGUGCUCGUUGCUCUUGGGUGCGCCGGUGUUUCUACACUCGUGUUAGCGCGGAUCCUGCCCACUCUCAUCACCGAAGUUGUUGUCUACAGGAAAGCCAGGUCCGUCGCGUAGUUGUCCUCGCUGGGCGCGUCCCGGCGCAUCGUCUCACUUCGAUACUUACCAUCGCGCCUCCCCCUUCUCUUCUCUCCGCCUCUCCUCUUCUUCUGUUGCAGCAGUUCCGUUGGCUGACGUCGUCAAUUCCAGUAGCUGUGUGGAUCGGCGUACGCCGCAGCCGCUGCUCGUAUUCGGAGGUUUUGUUUGUUUGUUUCCUGUGCGAAGUCGCCUCGAGGAAAGCGACGGAAGGAAGAUCAUCACAAGCAGCAGCAACAAGAAGGGUCGCCAACGCCGCUGGAUCGUCAUGUUCGCGGCUCGACGCAGCGCCGUGCUCUUGCAGGCCGCCACGCCUGGCAAGGUCAUCCACUACACGCCCGGCAGCUUCAACUUAGUGCCGAAGAAGUACACCGUAGGGAAGCGCAUCGCCGUGCGCUCUUACCUCGAUCGCAACCGCACGGAGCUCUCAGACCGCACAUACAUGCCGCAGAAGUACUGGUUUCGCGCCUAUGACCAGCAGGAAGACCGCUUCCAGCGCGAGCACGAGCGUCUCAGCUACCGCUUUUACAACAUGGAAACGAAGAUGAUUUGGAAGGUGUUCGACACGCCGGAGCUGGUGGGCAUGCUGCUGCACGACGCGACGAUCCAAGGCAACCGCGACCUGUACAGCAAGGACUUCCUCGAUGCGGCGCUGCACUACACACGAGAGGCGCGCUACUGGCGCUGCAUUGGCAUUACGAAGCCGUUUUAUGACAAGAACACGCUGCGCGCACACUGCUGGGAGGACAACGGGCUGCAGGUCGGCACCCUCGUCGUGUCGCAGGCGAUGCGGCACGCCCUGAUGGACCUCGAGCGCGCCGUGCGCCGCAAGGAGCUCGGGCUCGAGCCGAACUACCUGUGGGAUCGCUGGGGGCCGAUCGGCUUCAUCGACGGGGCCCGGGCGGACUACCUCCCGCGCUUUGAGCACAACCCCUUCGUCGAUCCCGACGGCGUCGACGUGACGGAGCUGGACGUGCUGCCCUUCAACACCCAUGAGCAGAUCAAGGAGCGGUACAGCGAGUUCAUCGAGCCCGACACGACGCCGUUUGCGGAUGUCUUUCUGAGUCCUGGCCACGGCUCCCUCACCACGUUGGCGGACAUCCCCAACAAGGAGGUGGCGGGGCUUUACACGGAGCUGAAAAUGAAGGCCGGCACGCCCGUAGCGCACGACGCGGUUGAGUUGACCCCAGCCGACGUGCGAGCGAUGUUUUACCUCAGCGCCGACCCGCGCUGGCGGGCGCUGGCGGAGGACAAAACCUCCUGGGAGGAGGUCACCGACGCGCUGCAUCCCGUACAGGCGGAGCUGGACGAGAAGAUCGAUGCAGCUCGCCUGCUGCAGAACACGCGACACAGCCCGGAGCGGGUCCGCGCCUUCUUUGAGGAGAAGUGCGGCUUUCACGAUUUCAUGUACACCCCGGACAAGACGAUCACCGCGGCGGUGCUGUGCUACUUGACGGACCUGCGCCGCAUCUGCGUCGAGACAACGUGGGGGGCGGACCUGGCGCGGUGUCUGACGGACGUGGAGCGGCUGCAGGUGAUGGGGCGGGACGCCUUUGUUGUCUACCGUCACAUCGAGGACGCUAUCUUGGACAAGAAGCGCCGUCUGUGGGCGAGCCGGUUCGCGGGUGAGGCGCACGAAGAGAGUACCCUUGAUUACCUGCUCGAGAACUUCGGGCGCCGCACGGAGCGGCCGCGCAACGUCGGCACCUCCGGCGUGGAGUUCGAUCGGGAGCAGGAGCCGAUUGGGCGGCAGGUGCAGCGCCGUGUGCUGGACGCGGAUAAGGCGAACAAACUGGCCGAGAUGCGCCGCAGCCGGGGUAAGAUGUGGUCGAAGAAGACGAGCGUGUUCGAUGCGUUGCAUGAGAAGCAGCUGCAGAACUUCAGCUACGGCGUACGGUGA